GCAUGCGUACAAUUUCCCGCUUUCCCACCUCCUUCGCAAAGCCAUGGCGGAAUCCCCUACUCUGAAAAGGAAACGGGAGAAGAAAGAGGGUGAGAAUGGGACGGCCGAGUCCCGAAAGGAAGGUACUACCGCCACUGGGUUCCCUUUGGCGGACCUCUCUGUGCGGAAGGUGCUCAGGGAGUCUGCGCGGGACAAGACCAUCUUCCUACACGGGCAGGUGAACAGUGCUUCUGGGGACGGGACUGAUGCCGUGGUGAUUUUGGAGAAGACUCCCUUCCGGGAAGAGAACAUUUCUGAGCUCCUUAAAAAACACACAAAGCUACAGCUUCAAAUGUCCAAUGACAUCUACAGCACCUACCACCUCUACCUUCCUCCAGAGCUCAACGAGAUAAAGACAACCGUGGUGUACCCAGCAACGGAGAAGCAUCUUCAGAAAUACCUGCGCCGAGAAGUGUAUCUUAUCCAGGAGACUGGGGCUGAUUACGAGACCAUUACACUGCCUUUUAUUGAAUCACAGAGCUUCAGCAUUCAGUGGGUAUACAAUAUCCUGGAGAAGAAGGCUGAGGCUGACAGAAUUAUCUACGAAAACCCAGAUCCCACCGAUGGUUUUGUUCUCAUUCCUGAUUUGAAAUGGGAUCGAAAGCAGCUGGACGACUUGUACUUAAUUGCUAUCUGCCACUGCCGGGGGAUAAAGUCACUGAGGGACCUCACUGCUGAGCAUCUCCCUUUGCUGAAGAACAUCUCAAAAGAAGGGAAGAGCUCCACAGCCUGGCCUGCUAUCAACCUUCCACCUUUGUCAGACACGACGCCCUGGACAUCAGAGCACCUAAGGAUGUCUCCUUUGGAGGCCAUAGUGAAGCGCUUUGGGGUUUCCGGGGCCCAGUUGCGGGUCUAUCUGCAUUACCAGCCAUCUUAUUAUCACCUCCACGUGCAUUUCACUGCCCUGAGCUAUGAUGCACCUGGAUCCUCCGUGGAACGAGCCCACCUCCUUUCGGAUGUGAUCGAUAACCUGGAACUCGACUCCGGCUACUAUCGGAAGCGCACCCUGACCUUUGCCCUCCGAGCUGAUGAACCCCUGCUGAAGAAAUUCCAGGAAGCUGGUCGAGUCUGAACGCUUUGCUGAGGACUGCUGGAUGAAGUAUAUCAACAUUUCCUAGGGAUACUUUUAUAUAUUGUCUUUUAAGAUAUUUUCUUUAUGGUUUUGUAAGGCUCCAGUUGCAUUU